CAUGCAAGGAUAAGGUAGGACCAAUCAUACUUAUAGAAAGUGCUACUUUAUUUUCUUCUCCUUUCUAAGACUUUCUUAAGCAAUUGAGUCCUUUUAUCUCUAUCCCAACAUGGCUUCUUUCUUUGGUUCUCCACCAUUUCUCUCCCACCCCCUAACUAGAACUCACCACUUAUCUUCAUCAUCACAAACACGUCCUCCUCCUCCUCCUCUGCCGCCGUCGCAGAAGCCACCUUCGCAACCGCAAACUCCACAGCCAGGGCAGCAGCUAAGUGCAACUUCAUCAGAACAGCCAACACCAGUAUCAGCUAAAGUAAUGCAACAACAAAAGGCCUCCAAGCCUGCAAGUUCAACCACUAAAGUUGAGUCUACAGACUGGAUAGCUUCCACCUUAACCAGGCGAUUCGGGCUCGGAGCUGGCCUUGCUUGGGUUGGCUUUCUUGCAUUUGGUGUCAUUUCUGAACAGAUCAAGACUCGUCUUGAAGUCUCCCAACAGGAAGCUAACACAAGAAAUGUUGAGAAGGAAGAAGAGGUGGUGUUGCCUAAUGGUAUAAGAUACUAUGAAUUAAAAGUGGGAGGUGGGGCUUCUCCAAGGCCAGGAGACUUGGUGGUGAUUGAUCUGCAGGGCAAAGUUGAAGGCAGUGGGGAAGUGUUUGUGGACACAUUUGAGAAGGAACAAAAGCCUUUGGCUCUAGUAAUGGGGUCUAGGCCUUAUAGUAAGGGAGUUUGUGAAGGAAUAGAGUAUGUGCUAAAAUCCAUUAAGGCUGGGGGUAAAAGGAGAGUGAUUGUCCCUCCAAACUUGGGUUUUGGAGAGAAUGGUGCUGAUUUAGGUUCUGGAGUCCAAAUUCCUCCUUUUGCAACACUUGAGUACAUUGUUGAGGUUGAUAAAGUCUCAAUUGCACCAGCAUGAUUUUUGAGAAAUUAAAGUUACCAGCAAAUAAAGAAGUACAACUACCAAAAUUUGUUGUAAAUCUUUUGUCACUGCCCUAGAAUCAUGAUUUGCCUACAAGGGAAGGAAAAGUAAACAGGUAUAAUUUACAAGUUCAAGUUGCAUCACAUAAUGCACUGACAAAAAUGUGAAAAGAAAGAAGAGGAGAAAAAAACAAAGAGAUCAAAAUGUAUAAUGGUAUGGCAAUCUGAACUUUGUUUUUUUUUUUUUUGUUCAAGCAUUAGUACAAGUGAUAUUCCUUAUCAAUGCACAGUAAUAUGAUGAGAAAAGAAAUGGAAAUUCCUACAUGAAUACAUAUGGUUUAUUAAUACUAUGUACUGGCUCUUGUAGAAUUUUGGUCACAAGCCUCAAAUGUGUGUGUGCAGUGGACUCUUAAAUUGUUACUUAAAAAACGAUUAUAUCAUCAAGGAAACUGAGGCCAAUUGAGAAGACAACCGAAGGGAAAGCAUACUUAUCUAACA